CAGAGCUAGGUUGCCCUGUUCCCUCCCAUUACGCUAUCCAAAACCAAAGCCACAUUCUUUCCAAUCCCCCACAACAUAACUAACAAACGACUUUUUUCAGUCACCGUUUUCUCACCGAAGGAAGCACCCUUUGCUCAUUUACUACCAGGAAAUGACGGGUAUUAUAUCAAGCCACCACCACCACUGUACUUGGUCAGUUGGAGUUCAAGAGCACAUCAGCAGGGGUGGAAGAUAUUAUAAGGUUCCAUGUCUGAGAUGUUAUGGUCCUUAUUUUCCUUUUGGGGGAUUGGUCUUUUCCCACGGUCAGUACCUUGCUAUUUCUACCCGGCAAAGUACUAGGAAAUGUGGACCUAUCUUUUCCAGUGCUGUGGAUGAUGGCAUGGAUCCAGAUGAAAAUGAAGAUGAAGCUAAUGAGAAAGAAUCUGCCAAAGACGAGAGUGGAGAAGUAGAUAGUGAAUUUCGAAAAAAUCUGGAAAGAAUAGUUGGUAAUGAUGAUUCUACCUUUAGCGGCUUAGACCUGGCAACUCUUAUUAGGAACAAGUAUGGGAGGUCCUAUGAUGUCCAACUAAUAAAAAAGGAGUUCAUGGGAAGAAAUCUUCUUGCAUUGAAUGUCAUGUGGAAAUACAUGGAGCAGAGAUCCUUUCCUUUAACUGAAGAAGAGUAUAUCUUGAGGCUUGACGAUGUUGCAAACACAUUGAAAUGUUGGGGAGCGGUCUCACACAUCCGAAACAGCCUAGCAAAGUUGAAAGAACGGCCUCGGAUAGGGAAGGCGGUUAGCAUUUUCAUAGACAUGGAUGAAUCCGGAGGCCGUGCAAAUGAAUGGAUUUACAAGUAGAUUUCUUCAUAUGAGCCAGCAUCAUCUGCGAUUGCUGCUCUUACCAGGGAAGAGGCUGCACAUGAAACAGAUUAAAGAUGAUAAAAUCUACUUUUCUCAUCUGAUCCAUAUCAAGACCAGAAAUAAUUUUUUUCCUAGUGUUCCAGCCAGAUGUAGUAGGAUUAGCCUUGAUAUUUCAAUCUUUUUCUUGAUGAUUCAUACUAGAAAUAUCAUGGUGACCAAUAGAAGCAAGCACGGAUACAAUUAUACAGAGCCCUCUUUUCUUUGUGAAAAACUUCAUUUCUUCUGUUCAAGGACAUGUUUGGCAUUCGAAAAUGCAAUUAAGACGCUUUUCAUCU